AUGGGCUCCAUUAGCAAGGAAGAUUUAAUCUUAAUCGAAGGCACCCGCUACGAGGGAGGUGGGGGAUUGAUUCGAGACACCCUUUCUUACGCAACCCUCCUCAACAAGCCCGUUCGCGUUGAAUCUAUCCGCGCAUGUCGGCCAGGUAAAGGUGGACUCCGCCUCGAACACACCGACUCCAUCAACGCCAUGGUAAAAUUAAGCGCAAGCACAGUAGAGGGGAACACCCCUUACAGCCGUAAGAUCACAUUCUACCCCUACGCUACACUCGAAGAUUCUUCUUGUGGUCGAGACCCAUUAUACAGUCUAGAGUUUCAGGUAGAAGGUGCAGCCGCGAUUUUCAUGAUAGCCGUUUUGCCUUACAUCUUCUUUUCAACUCUUGGACCAGUCAACUCUUCUUUCGCCAACGAAAGAAUCGGAUGUGGCAUCGACCUCAAUAUCCGCGCGGGGACCCUGUGCGUAAGGGCGCCUUCCUACGCGUACGUGCAGCAAGUACUCAUCCCCACUUUUCAAUCCAUCAAUAUUGGAGAAGAAAAUUUGAAAGUGUACAAUGAUCACGAGCAAGGCUGGCAUACUGAGUUUGGGCAUACCCCGGGCCGCAUGAGAGUAUGGGCAAAGCCAUUUAACAAACCUUUACCGGCAUUUCAGCUUGAGCGACGUGGCACCGUCGUACGAAUUAGGGCUACGAUUCACGGGCCUGGUGAGACUCUAGAUGUUUUCCAUGAGAUAGUAAGAAGGGAAAUCAAACACGCUCUCAAACCCGGUUGGUCGUCCUCGGUGGAAGUGCAUACCGAUGCAUUUGCAUCGGUGGCCCCCGGUCAGUAUCACCUGCUACUUGUCGCGGAGACCGAACUCCCCCGAGCAUAUCUUGGCUACGAGCAGAUUUAUCCGCAGAGGGGAGGACUUUCUCGCGGGCUGCAGAACAGCAGCGAGGAGCUCUCUAAGUAUAUCACUCUUGUUUGUAUCAGAGGCUUAUACGAUGAGCUUGCUCGCGGCAAUGCCGUCGAUGAACAUCUUGAAGAUAUACUUGUUCCAUACCAAGUCCUAGCGGAUGGGUUUUCUUCUACUACCGCUGAGCGUAAUGCGGGGCUUGUGCAGGAAAAUGAAAAUCUGGCGAUCCCAUUUGGGGGACUUGAAAAGCGCGUUCCUAGGUUUAUAAAGCAACCCGAAUAUGAUACUAUCAAGGCCCUUUGCAUCGACUCCAUCUCUCCGUGUAACAGCAAACAGGGAUUCCUUGUGACUGUUCUCGAUGAGGCUAGCGUUGCGCACGAAGCAUCACUUGCAGGACACCCAAGCUGGCAUGGGUUUCAGCUUUUCCUCCGCCGCAUCGUCGACCCGAUUGACCGCUUCAGUGCUGCACUGGAUAUUCUCAGUCAAGCUGCUGGAUCCACGGGGUUGCUUAUAUGGGGGUCGAUCAGAAUCGUGAUCCAGGUAGGGGGCAUCGUCCUUGAGACGAUGAAGGUCAGGCUUAUUCAAGUCCCAUGCUGA